AUGUCAACCACAACAGAAAAUGGAAUGGGAGGGCCCUGGAACACAAGCAGGGAGAAAACUUAUAAGAAGACCACGUCAUCGGCCCUGAAGGGGUCCAUUCAGCUGGGUAUUGGCUACACAGUGGGCAACCUCACCUCCAAGCCUGACAGAGACGUGCUUAUGCAAGACUUCUAUGUGGUGGAGAGUGUCUUUCUGCCAAGCGAGGGAAGCAACUUGACCCCAGCACAUCACUAUCCUGACUUCCGCUUUAAGACCUACGCCCCGCUGGCCUUCCGCUACUUCAGAGACCUGUUUGGCAUCAAACCAGACGACUACCUGUACUCCCUGGUAAAUGAACCCCUCAUUGAGCUGGGCAACCCGGGGGCCAGCGGCUCGCUCUUCUACCUAACCAGCGAUGACGAGUUCAUCAUUAAGACCGUCCAGCACAAAGAGGCCAAGUUUCUGCAGAGGCUACUACCUGGAUACUACAUGAACUUGAACCAGAAUCCACGCACUCUACUGCCUAAGUUUUACGGCCUGUACUGUAUCCAGUCGGGAGGCAUCAACAUCCGACUGGUGGUGAUGAACAACGUGCUGCCCCGCUCCGUCAAGAUGCACUACAAAUACGACCUGAAGGGAUCCACGUACAAGCGGCGAGCGUCCAGGAAAGAGAGGGAGAAGGCCUGUCCCACUCACAAAGACCUGGACUUUCAGGACAUGCACGAGGAAGGGCUGCACUUUGACGCUGAGACGUACAACAACCUAAUGAAGACGCUGCAGAGAGACUGUCGGGUGCUGGAGAGUUUUAAGAUCAUGGACUACAGUCUGCUGCUGGGUGUGCACGUCCCGGACCACAGUCAGAGAGAGGGCUGUGAGUCGGGCCAGGCGGGGGGCGAUGGAAGGAGACCUGUGGGUCAGAGGGUCCUCUACUCCACCGCCAUGGAGUCCAUCCAGGGGGACGGCAAGGCAGCGGAGGCGCUCACCACAGACGACACGAUGGGUGGCAUCCCUGCUAAAACACACAAAGAAGAAAAGCUGCUCAUCUUCCUGGGUAUCAUAGAUAUUCUACAGUCAUACAGGUUCAUUAAGAAGUUGGAGCACUCGUGGAAAGCGCUGGUGUACGACGGUGACUCGGUCUCGGUGCACCGGCCUGGCUUUUACGCCAGCCGCUUCCUCAAGUUCAUGAGCACGAGGGUCUUCAGAAAGACUCAACCGCUUCGAUUUUCCCCUUCAAAGAGGACCCGCACCUCCAUCCCGGCUCUGAAGUCGUCCUCGCAGGAGAUCCUUUCAUCGCAGGCGGAUGAGAGGAAAGAGGGGGACAGGAGGGACCGGCUGGGAGGAGCCCGCAGCCUCGCCAGUCUGGACGGACAAGCUGUGUUCGGUUCGUACCUGCGGCCCGACCUGGUCCCAGCCAACCCGUCGUUCUACGAGGGCUCCUCCAUGGGGACCAUCUCCUCCUCGUCCAUCUUUGUCAGCGUGGACCACCAAACAGAGGACAGAGACGAUGCUGCGUCCAGCUCCACGUUCACCCUGGAGGACAGUGCCAUCUGCCUGACGUCAGAGCAGAGCACCAUGGAUGUGGACAUGGACCGUGAUGAUGGAUCUGUGCUGGACGUCUACUUGUGAAUAGAGCCGCCUCACGUCAUUUCCUCCUGCCAAUCAUAAGACAAUCGCC